CAGGGAAAAGGAGGUGUGAAUCCGUCAAAAGAAAAAGGUGAAGGCGAUUUGUUUUCCCACUAAACUUCAAAUUUUAAAGUUCAGCAAAAAUAUAUUUAGGAAAUAGAAUAAAAAAGAGAGUUCCUUCUCGGGAAGGAAAUCGACUGCGCAGUCUUCGCUGCCUGCGAGCCUACAAAUAUUCAGAGAGCAAUCUUUUUUUUUUUGGUGGGUUCAUAAAUAUUCAGAAGGCCUGUUGAUGAAGAGCAGGCUCCUCUUCUGGAUCAGCGAGAGGCGUCCAGAGAAUCUCUUGUGAUAUUUCUAUCGAUUAUCUUGAAGGCCUGUUGAGGAGCAGGUUCCUCUUCCGGAUCAUUUUCGAGGAAGAAGGGGUUUUCCGAUUGUGUAAAAUCCCUAAAUCCGAACAAGAUUUUGGAUUCAAGCAAAAGGGUUUCCCGCAACUCGUGCUUGAUUUUUCAAAAUUUCCGCUCAGCAGGAGAGGAUUUCGGAUUCAGUCUGAAGUUCGCAUUCUUGCUUCUCUCGCCUACGCUUCGGAAACUAUGAAUCAGACACUGAGCUUCAACCCUAUCCUGGAGCCUACCCUUCAAGAAAUACUUCAAGUAAUUAAGCCCUCGCGGGCAGAUUGGGAUGCAAGGAUCAGAGUCAUCGAGGAGUUGCGUAACGUUUUACGAUCUGUAGAAAGUUUAAGAGGUGCUACUGUUCAGCCAUUUGGUUCGUUUGUGUCAAACCUCUUCACACGCUGGGGAGAUCUGGAUAUCUCUAUUGACCUCUACAGUGGUUCAUCCAUCUUGUACACUGGAAAGAAGCAGAAACAGACCUUACUUGGAAAUUUACUUCGAGCUCUGAAAGAGACAGGUGGAUGGUACAAGUUGCAGUUUGUUGGUCAUGCCCGAGUUCCCAUUCUGAAAAUCGUGAGUGGCAUCCAGAGAAUAUCUUGCGAUAUUUCUAUCGAUAAUCUUGAAGGUCUGUUGAAGAGCAGGUUCCUCUUCUGGAUCAGUGAGAUAGAUGGUAGAUUCCGCGACUUGGUUUUGCUGGUGAAAGAAUGGGCCAAAGCUCACAAUAUCAACGAUCCCAAGACCGGGACUUUGAACUCCUACUCUCUCAGUUUACUUGUCAUCUUCCAUUUUCAGACAUGUGUACCUGCAAUUUUGCCCCCUCUUAGUGAGAUAUACCCGAGGAGCGCGGUUGAUGAUCUGGCAGGUGUCCGAGCAACUGCUGAGGAAAACAUUGCAAGGAUUUCCGCCACUAGUAUAGCAAGAUUCAGAUCAGACAAAUCUAGACCCAUCAACCGAAGCUCCCUCUCCGAGCUCUUCAUCUCUUUUCUUGCCAAGUUUUCGGACAUAAACUUGAAGGCUGGAGAGAUUGGUAUCUGCCCAUUCACGGGAAGAUGGGAGAGCAUAAGCAGCAACACGAGAUGGUUGCCUAAGACGUAUUCCCUAUUUAUUGAGGAUCCUUUCGAACAACCGGAGAAUGCAGCGAGGAGUGUAAGCCGUAAGCAACUGGACAGGAUAGCUCAAGCCUUCGAGUUGUCCCAACGCCAACUUGUCUCGAGUUGUGGCCGUGACUCACUCCUUUCGGUGUUAACAAAGCCACACAUCUCACAGUUUCUGCCUCGUGCAACCCCUUUCAUCAAUGCACCAUCACCGAGCCAUAAUUUCCAGGGGCUGCAGCCGAGGCUGAGGCCGAUACACAUGCAGCAGCAGAAUCUGUCUUGGCAGAGGGGACAGAAUCAGAGCAAUGGGAUUUUGCCUAUGACUGCUUCUAGUUCAAACCAGAACCACAACCAGAAUCAAGUCCGGUUCGUCAGGCCAAGAGGUCAGGUGGCUCAUCCUAAUGGCCUGAACUCUCAGAGAACUGAGCCGAGAAGUCAGAGUCAAGGACAACAACAGAUGUGGAGACCUAGAUCUCAGAGGUUCAUUUGAGGGUUUUUUUUUUUUUUUUUUGCUGGUUUUGUUGUAGAGAACAUUCUGUGUUCUGCUUAAGACAAUGACAACAACAAACGACAAUCUGUGAGCAUUUGUUACAAGAUUUUGUGGAGAAUAUGAAAUUAUUACAAAUA